AUGGAUUUUGUGCAGAAGAAUCAAUACAACAGUGUUGCGAAUGAGUACCCAUCCAUCGAGGACGUGCCGCAUUCCAAAGUGGAAGACGAACUGGUUAAGAUUGCCCUAGCAGACUGCACCGGCUUAAAAGUGUUGGAUCUCGGCGGGCGCUUUGGCCUCCACGCACGGCAGGCUCUGGACGCUGGAGCUUCUUGGGUAGACGUCGUCGACGUGAGUCAAUCAAUGCUGGAUGUUGGCAAAGGCAUCGAAGAUGAAGCUGGCCGAGGCAUCAUCGGAUGGCACCUGGCAGACAUCUCAAAACCCCUGUCUGCACAGGUCCCCGAUCUGCCACAGGACGGCUACGAUGUAGUCAUGGCAAUCUGGCCUUUUGACCAUGCCCGGACGGUCAAGGAGCUGGAAGGCAUGUGGCGGAAUGUAGCUGCGUACAUGAAGCCUGGCGGCCGAUUCGUUGGUGUUCGAGUUGCCAAUCCAUACGCUCAAAGUGCGAGGACUGGAAAGUAUGGCAGUCAAUUUCGCGAUCUUGAAGAGAUCGCGGAUGGGGUCAAUUAUGAGUGCGCCAUCCUUGCCACUCCUCGGUUUGCCUUCGAAGCAACAUCAAUGGAGACAAGCUACAGCGGCUCCACGGAAAUACCUGAAAAGUACGGCCUUUGCGACGUCACGGUCUUACAUCCCAAAGACACACAGACAGUCAAGAGAGACCCUGACUAUUGGGCUAUGCUGGUUGAGGAUACUCACUUUGUGGCUUUCACUGCGAGAAAGAAGUGA